GAUGACGGCUUGUGCGCCAUGUGAGGAAGAGGAGGAAAAGUUUCUGGGGCUGCGGUGCUGGUUUUGUUUGUUUUCCUCUCCCUCUUCUCAAGUUCAUCUUUUAGACUCCAGCCGCCACCUGAUGGUUUUAAUUAUUAGCUUUUAGAGAAAGCUGUCAACGCUUUUUAUUGUAAUUAAAAACGUUCUUUCCUCCGGUAACGAUAAGGGAACACAGCUCGUUCCCGCUUUUAAAAGUUGACCUUUUUAAGGAUUGUUUGGUAGCCAUGGAGACAAACGAGUAUCCGCAUCCUUUUAUCCACGAGGUGAAACUGACCGCGGCCCAGAGGGUCCGGGGAAUCAUCCUCGGCAGCAUCCUCUUCCCUUUACGCAUCACCUUCACCGCCUUAUUCUUCCUCCUCAUGUGGCCUCUUGCCCGGCUACGGUUGGCUGGCCUGUCUGCGGAGGAGCGCUCUCGGCCUGUAACGGGCUGGAGACGCUGGCUUUUCCACCCAGUCAUCUUGUUUCUGAGCAGAGCCGUGUUCUUCUCAUUGGGUUUCUUGUGGGUGAAGGUCAAAGGUCGUAGGGCUGACCUAAAGGAGGCACCAGUGCUGGUGGUGGCGCCCCACAGCACCUUCCUAGACAUGCUGGUUCUGUGUCCAACCCAGCUGGCGACGGUGGUGUCGCGGUCGGAGAACACCAAGCUGCCGGUCAUAGGAGCUCUCCUGGAGUUUAACCAGUCUGUGCUCGUGAGCAGGAAGGACCCAGAGUCGAGGAAGAAGGCAGUAACCCAGCUCAAUGAGAGGCUGACCUCUAAUGGCUACUGGCCACAGAUGCUGAUGUUUCCUGAGGGAACGACGACUAAUGGCCGAGCUCUCCUGAAAUUCAAGCCUGGUGCCUUUCUUGCUGGAGUCCCUGUCCAACCUGUUCUGUUGCAUUACCCAAACAGGCUGGAUACCGUUCGCUGGACAUAUAAAGGAACAACCUGGACAGAGGCACUGUGGCACACCACUUCACAGUUCUACACCAACAUGACUGUGGAGUUCCUGCCAGUGUACAACCCCUCCCUGGAGGAGAAGAGCAACCCCAGUCUGUAUGCAGACAAUGUUCAGAAGCUCAUGGCCAAGGCCUUGGGCGUUCCAGCUACAGACUAUGUGAUGGAGAGCGGAGUUCCUGUGAGUAAACUGGGCGGUCUCUCUCUGCCGCUCGAGUCUCCUGCCAAAGAAACGCUGUCGCUGCUGCACAAAAACGGUCUGGGAGCGCAUGAGGUGGAAGUUGCGCUGAACAGAAUGAUUGACAGGUGUCAGUCUGGAGUUCAGGAGUCAAAGGCCACGGCAGAGGAGCUCGCCUCUAUUCUCUCACUGACAGAUAAACAAACAGCCGACCAUAUCUGUGGCCUGUUCUCCAAGGAUGAAACGGUGGACCUGAGGCAGGUGUACCUGAGUGUUUCAGCCCUUACUGGAUCCAUCAGCUUUCAGUCUCUUCUUCACACUGCUUUCACUCUGUUUGCCAGAGAGAGCAGAGGCAGCCUGGCUGCAGAGGAGCUGUCGGGCCUCAUGGGGGCGCUGCUGGGCGUUCCUCAGCACAGCACCGCUGCACUUUACGCUGAGGUGUCCAGUCAGGGCCGGCUUACUGAAGAAAAUCUGCUUCAAGUGCUGACGAGCCACCCGACCUACCACAGAGUGGUGAGUGAAUACCUGCAGGCCGAGGAGGCGGGCUCUCAGCUGUCACUCACCCCCCUGACCAAUGGAAAAGCUAUGAACAACAACGGCGUUGUGCCUAACGACAACAGGUCCCUCCACUACAAGAAGAUGGAAUGAGACGUUUUAGGUUCCGGAGUCUCCGAUCACUUUUAAUAAUGUCUUCAAUUGCAAAAUAAUAUUUUUGUACUCUUUUAAUGUCAUGUUUUUGUUUUUAAAGCUUGCAUUACUUGCACAGAUACUGACAAGCCAAAGUUUGCUCUCUAUAUGAAGUGUGUGUGUGUGUGUGUGUGUGUGUGUGUGUGUGUGUGUGUGUGUGAGAGAGAGAAAACAGCUAUAUUUUAAGUUUGUAAUGAAUCUUUAUCACGUUUUUGAGCUGGUGAAGCCAUAAAAUGUUAUUUAUUGGUUUUCUUACUCCUGACCUUUUGUGAAGGGAAACGGUUUGUGUGAAAAGAAACUAAAUUCUGUAAAUCUAGAAGAUGAUUGACAAUGAAGCAGUUUUUGCAUGUUUUUUGUGAAUUUUUACAUCAGCAAUAAAGUGAAUCUUUUUAAAUCA